AUGUCCGAUGAGCCAGCGGAGAUACAUGACGGGACUACAAAUAUGCUAGACCACUACAUGUUUCAAACAACUGUUGAGACGGAGAUAAUGGACGCCACGACACAGCUCCUGGACUUUAGUAGCCUGCUCGCGGGCACAACCGGCAGCACACCGAUGACAACGGAGCACUUCCCAACUACAGACCACACACCUGGUGACCUAGAUUCCUUCUUCUUCAGCACGAGCCACAACAGCGAGGUCAUGGAGAUGGGGAUUUUUCCGGGUUUGCAGGGUCAGGGGGAAUGCACCUGCCACGCGGGCGUGACAGACCUGCUAGCGUCGAUGCGCAGUACCGGCAGUAGCAAUGAUCAGCGGCUGUCACUCGACGCGCAGCUUGCCAGGCUAAAGCAAUGCAUUGUAUCAUCCGAGACAUCGAUGGGUUGCAUGCAUAGCCGCAAUGAUUCCGAGCCCAUUCACAUCAUGGCGGUUACCAUGCUAAUUGGCUAUGUGAUUGAUGACUUCAAGAUGCUUGCCAGCGAGUCCUCACUACGCAGGUCAGCAUCGCUGUCUUCCUCGUCAUCAAUGCCCGAUUUGACGACUCUGGGAAACCUCGACAGGGGAAGUAGGUCCGGUGUCGCUACUCCAAGCAGCACUUCCACAUCUGUGGGGGAGCUCGUGGAACCUAGGCUAUCGUGGGGUGUAUUUGAAUUAGAGGAGGAUGACGAGAUGGACCUGCGGCAGCGGCUUUACCUACUAUCAUUUAGAAAGCUGGAGCGGCUGCUUUCCCAGCUCACCCUUCAUUUACGAGACCAGCACAAUGCGUUAGCCAGCCUUCCAGAUCCGUCGCGUCAUAUGGCAUUUGUGAUUGCAUGCGAUUAUGCGCGUUUAUGGCUUGAACGGAAAGCUGGUGAUGUCAAGAGACUGUUUGCAGUUCCCUUGAGCGACGAGAUUAUGAAUUCAGCUCUUGCACAGCACGUAUGA